AUGGAUUCAGAAGCAAUUAGCUCUGAUAGUCAUGUGGCAGCUGCGAUAGCAACUCGCCGGAGAUCGAAUUCUGUGUCUGAUGAUUAUUCUGUGCAGAGAACAAACGACGAUGCAACUCAGUGCAAGUAUUUUGCUAUCCAGAAGGGCUACUGGAAGGAUGAUUUCAUUGGUCGUUUCGCCAAUUCCUCAGCAAAUGUUGCCGAGGCUCGUCGUUUCCCAGAAAUUUCAAUGGGGUAUUGGGCUAGAACAGCUGCCAUUGAAAAGUACGUUCGUGGAUUUUUGGAAGAGUUCGAUGGAAAUGCACAAGUUGUCAGCUUUGGAUGCGGAUUUGAUACUCUCUUCUGGCGUCUCGUAUCUUCCGACGCAAAGCUUGCCAAAUACGUUGAGGUUGAUUUCUCUUCAGUCACCUCCAAAAAAAUUCGUCACAUUCUGAAGCCUGGAGGUUCUGUUGAUUUGAAGAAAAGUUUUGAAAGUGAAGCUGUCGUCUCUCAUCACGCCGACCUUCAUGCCGGAAAUUAUCAUUUGAUCGGAGCUGAUUUACGUCAAACAAGCGAGCUGGAGCAGAAGCUGGCAACUUGUCAGCUUGAUCAUGACAUCCCGACAAUUUUCAUCGCAGAAUGCGUUCUUGUCUACAUGUCGUCCAAUACAAGCUCUUCUCUCCUCAAGAAUCUAGUUUCCCAGUUCCGUCAUCCAGCUUUUGUGAACUACGAACAGUUCCGCACUUCUGAUGCUUUCACUCGUGUUAUGGAACAAAAUUUGGGAGAAAGAGGUAUUCAGCUGCACGGAUUGGAAAUGUGUGAGAGUGCCGAAAAGCAGGAAGAGAGAUUCCGUAAUGCCGGAUUCAAGUCUGUCAAGGUCAUGGAUAUGAAUCAAAUUUUCAACCAGUUCCUCGAUCAAGACGAAGUUGCAAGAAUUCGGCAAAUCGAAAUGCUUGACGAAAUGGAGCUUCUUGAACAGCUUCUUGCUCACUACUGCGUCGUGUUCGCCAGAGUUUGA